GCCUCGUCCCGGCAGCGCUGUCGCGGGGCCCCCGGGCGCCGCGAGGGAUCAUGUCCACAGCCUCUGCCGCCUCCUCCUCCUCCUCGUCGUCGGCCAGUGAGAUGAUCGAAGCUCCCUCCCAGGUCCUUAACUUUGAAGAGAUCGACUACAAGGAGAUCGAGGUGGAAGAGGUUGUUGGAAGAGGAGCCUUUGGAGUGGUCUGCAAAGCUAAGUGGAGGGCAAAGGAUGUUGCUAUUAAACAGAUAGAAAGUGAAUCUGAGAGGAAAGCUUUCAUUGUAGAGCUCCGGCAGUUAUCCCGUGUGAACCAUCCUAAUAUUGUAAAAUUGUAUGGAGCCUGCUUGAAUCCAGUGUGUCUUGUGAUGGAGUAUGCUGAAGGAGGCUCUUUAUAUAAUGUGCUGCAUGGUGCUGAACCACUGCCAUAUUACACUGCUGCCCACGCAAUGAGUUGGUGUUUACAGUGCUCCCAAGGUGUGGCUUAUCUGCACAGCAUGCAGCCCAAAGCUCUCAUUCACAGGGACCUGAAACCACCAAACUUGCUGCUGGUUGCUGGGGGGACAGUUCUCAAAAUCUGUGAUUUUGGUACAGCCUGUGACAUUCAAACACAUAUGACCAAUAACAAAGGCAGUGCUGCUUGGAUGGCACCUGAAGUUUUUGAAGGUAGCAAUUACAGUGAAAAAUGCGAUGUCUUCAGCUGGGGCAUUAUCCUUUGGGAAGUGAUAACGCGUCGCAAACCCUUUGAUGAGAUUGGUGGUCCAGCUUUCCGAAUCAUGUGGGCUGUUCAUAACGGUACACGACCACCACUGAUCAAAAAUUUACCUAAGCCUAUUGAGAGCCUGAUGACUCGUUGUUGGUCUAAAGAUCCUUCUCAGCGCCCUUCAAUGGAGGAAAUUGUGAAAAUAAUGACACACUUGAUGCGGUACUUUCCAGGAGCAGAUGAACCAUUACAGUACCCUUUUCAGUAUUCUGAUGAAGGACAGAGUAAUUCUGCCACCAGCACAGGCUCAUUCAUGGAUAUUGCUUCUACAAAUACCAGUAAUAAAAGUGACACGAAUAUGGAGCAAGUUUCUGCUACAAAUGAUACUAUUAAGCGCUUAGAAUCAAAAUUGUUGAAAAAUCAGGCAAAGCAGCAGAGUGAAUCUGGACGUCUAAGCUUGGGAGCCUCCCGUGGGAGCAGUGUGGAGAGCUUACCCCCACCCUCAGAGGGCAAAAUGUCAGAAACAGAAGCUAGGAUCACUGGAAGCACAGCCUAUUCCAAGCCUAAACGGGGCCACCGUAAAACCGCUUCAUUUGGCAACAUUCUGGAUGUCCCUGAGAUCGUCAUAUCAGGCAACGGGCAACCAAGACGUAGAUCCAUUCAAGACUUGACUAUUACUGGAACGGAGCCUGGUCAGGUGAGCAGUAGGUCAUCUAGUCCUAGUAUAAGAAUGAUUACUACCUCAGGACCAACCUCAGAAAAGCCAACCCGCAGUCAUCCAUGGACCCCUGAUGAUUCCACAGAUACCAAUGGAUCAGAUAACUCCAUCCCCAUGGCUUACCUUACAUUAGAUCACCAGCUACAGCCUCUAGCACCAUGCCCAAACUCCAAAGAAUCCAUGGCAGUGUUUGAGCAGCAUUGUAAAAUGGCACAAGAAUAUAUGAAAGUUCAAACAGAGAUUGCACUGUUAUUACAGCGAAAGCAAGAACUAGUUGCAGAAUUGGACCAGGAUGAAAAAGAUCAGCAAAAUACAUCUCGUCUGGUACAGGAACAUAAAAAGCUUUUAGAUGAAAACAAAAGCCUUUCUACUUACUAUCAGCAAUGCAAAAAACAACUAGAGGUCAUCAGAAGUCAACAACAGAAACGACAAGGCACUUCAUGAUUCUCUGGGACCGUUAAAGUUUAAAAUAUGCAGACUUUUUUUUAACAAAAGAAAAAUCCUUAUGACAAUUCAUGAGUGUUAGCUUUUUGGCAUGUUCUGAAUGCCAAAUGCCUAUAUUUGCUGCAUUUGUUACUUGUUUAUUUUCUUUUCAUGGUGGCACUGUCUUGUUGCAUACCAUGGUGGCAUUUAUGACUCAGAUAAGCAACAGUUCUAAACUUCUAAAAAGAUGUGAACUGUGGCUGUUUGUGCAUGCGCAUGUGUGAAGCUAGCCAACAGCGUGGGGUGUCAACUUGCUGCUAUGUGCAAGCAUGGUCUUUAGCCAUAGAAAUGAAACCUCAAGAAUGAGUUUGUUCAUACAUCUCAACCGAAAAUACUAACCUUUUUCUCCCCAAAAGAUGAUAUGUACCAAGUUAAAGAUAGGGUGUUAUAAAUCCAAAAUAGUUGGUAGUACAUUACAGAAAUAUAGAGUCUUCAGGGUAAGUUCAGAGGAAGGGCCUUGGUGCCAGUACAUCUUUGGAUCAGUGCUGAACAUAGUUCCUUCUGUAAAAUGUUUAAAGGUAAGUGGUAAUUGCUAUAUUUAAGGAAAACAAUUUUGCCAAUUUUCAUUAGACUAAAAAUGAUCCAAAUAGAGUAGGAUUUUUAAUUGUAUGUGUGUAUAUUGAAAGUAUAAAGUUUUUAUUACUCUAAUACUAAUGUCUCCUAAAUGAAAUUAAAUGGCAAAAGAACAUGACCUAGCUUACAUUAUCCUUCCUUCAGUAAUUAUUGCAUUGUUUUAUCAUAUAUUUUAAAAAACUGAAAAGAAAUAAUGGAAAAUGGAAAUAAUUACACCAGCUAAAAGGUUUGGGUUCAGAAGUCUGUUUAUCAUAUGAAAUGGGGAAAAAAGCAGACAAAUCAAAAGAUGUUAGUAAGGAAGGUUUAAAAUAUACUCUUUAAACUUCCUAUUUGCUCUAGGUACUAGGAUAACUGGUCAUUCUUGCAAGUCCAUUCUAAAGUGCUGCUACUUUUCAGUGCUUGUAAGAGAAUUCCAGCACUUCCAAAGAGAAUAUUUACAUUGUUAAUAGCCUUCUUGCCAGCCUUCAAAUAACAUAAAAGUAAUAAAAUGUCAUUAAAGUAAUUAUAUAAGCUCUAUAUUUUCCAGUUGCUUUGGAUACCAAUACAAGAGUGUCUGUCAAAUAAGGAUGUCGUCAGUCUUGCUUUUAUAGCAUUCACAUUGAUAAAAAGAAAAUAAUAAAUGAAAGCAUGAUUGCUAUGAUCAUGAGAUUUCUAUUGUGA